UGGUGUGCGUGCUCGCUCGCUCCUCGGUUCUGGUCGGUUCUGCUCCAGGUCGGUGAUUCGGCGCCUGCAUCAUCAUGACCUCGACCGGCGGAGAGUUCGGAAACCCCCUGAGAAAAUUCAAGCUGGUCUUCCUUGGGGAGCAGAGCGUUGGGAAGACCUCCCUCAUCACUCGGUUCAUGUACGACAGCUUUGACAACACAUACCAGGCUACAAUUGGCAUUGACUUUCUUUCUAAGACUAUGUACCUAGAGGACCGCACGCAGGUGCGGCUGCAGCUCUGGGACACCGCCGGACAGGAACGUUUCCGCAGUUUGAUCCCCAGCUAUAUACGUGACUCCACAAUUGCUGUUGUUGUGUAUGAUAUUACAAAUCUGAACUCAUUCCAGCAAACCUCCAAAUGGAUAGAUGACGUUCGAACAGAGAGGGGAAGUGAUGUUAUAAUCAUGCUUGUGGGGAAUAAGACGGAUCUGGCAGAUAAGAGACAAAUCACCACAGAGGAGGGAGAGCAGAGAGCCAAGGAGCUCAGCGUCAUGUUCAUUGAAACUAGUGCCAAGACGGGCUACAAUGUCAAGCAGCUCUUUCGUCGUGUAGCUGCUGCUUUGCCAGGCAUGGACAGCACACCAGAGAAGAGUAAAGAAGACAUGAUUGACAUCAAGUUGGAGAAGCCUCCAGAGCAGCCGGUGACUGAGAGUGGUUGUUCCUGCUAACCCCUCCCGAUAUCCGUGUGCACCGGAGGAGAGUCCGCUGUUGUCUAAAUCCAUUAAAAGAAAAAGCAAAGCGUCUAUUUAUCUCUUAGAUUCCCAGUGUGUGGAUGCAGUGUGUGUUUCAUCAUCUUUAAAGGGGAGUGUUGGGUACAUGGGGAAAGGCCACACCGCCUCAUCUCACUCAAACUGCAUGGCAUUGUGUAAGCCUGCAGAAUGAGAAUCUUAUGUAUAGUUUUUAUUUCUUGCACUUUGGGCGCUAAGUUGGUGCCUACUUAACUCUCUCAAUGUGAUAAACCUAAAUGGAACUUUGUGCUGACAUGUUCUUGUUUGUUGCGGUGACUAAACCAGGAUGCAGACGUUCUACAAGAAGUGGGGUGCACAUAUGUCAACCUGGCUUUAAAGGAGAGACCUACACAGCCGUCGUAUCGUCACACUUGUGUGCAGUUGUCUUAUACCGCUCUACAUUUCUCCCAAAUGCUAGACUUUUUCUAUACUUUUGUAUAUUGUUUUAGUUGACUGCUGUACAUGAAUGAUUUCUUGUUUGCACUUUGACCAGUGUCAUUUUACCGUGAUAGCGGUCUAUUGUUCAUUAUCUUGCAUCUAUUUGCUUACACGCUAUACACCCAAUAACAGAGACAUCUAAUGCCCAAAGGUCAGUAACCCUUUAAAGACUGGAGACAGUUUAUUGAAACAUUUUUUGCUGACUUUUUUUCAACCUACAUAAACAUCUUCUUUCAGGUACUCCUUAUUUUUAUUUUCUUGAGAGGGGGUUUGUUUAAUUUUUUUUUAAUGGGGUGCAUGCAUAGGAAACUGUUCUAAGGUGCCUCAGUUUCCCGUUGCAAGUGGUCAGAUUCACGUUUUUUCUUUAGUGCAUAUGUGAACAUAUGAUUGUUUGCUAUGGGCAUCCCUUGUGCAUGUGUCCUACCCUCACUUGUCUUAAAAUUUGAUAUAUCUCAAGAUGUAUGUUGCAAGGGGCUAAAUAAAUAUAAAAAGCAUGUUUGCCAAUAGGCUACCAUGUUAAAAAAUGCAUCCCCCAUGUUAGUGGUUCAGGAAAAAAAAUUCACAUUAUCUGAAGAAUGAACAGAAUAUUUAGCUGCAGAUCUGCCAGGUCCCACACUCCCCUUCUGUGAUCCAAGAUGGCUGCGCCUCUGAUGCACACUGUGUGUUUGGUUGUCCAAGACCCUUCCUGCUCUUGGAUUGGCCUACACUGCUCACAUGACCUGAGGGCACCAGGCGGUAUCUAACAAAUGCACAGUGUACACCAGGUAGCCUGCUAGCCGCCGAUCUGCAUCUGAAGAUAGAAAGGAGAGCACCAGGUAAACUGUUUGUUCUUUAACCUUCUGCGUAUCCUGUUCUACGGUCGUUUCCCCCCACCCCCAAUCUCUUGCACUCUGGGCUAUGGCUCCUCUCUGUUUCUCACCUCCUGUGCACUGCCUGUGCUGCAUCCUGGUCAUGUCGCCUUGCCGUUUUUUGUGUACAGGGUUUCCCCAGCAGUCUGGGUUAGCGCCUUCGAUCUGUCAGUUGUAUUGUUAUUGCAGAUAUCUGAAUUGUACAAAAUAAAUAAAAGCUUAAAAAAAUAAAAAACAGAUAAAUUAUAUAGUGAAAACGUUCUCUCCACUUGAAUAAUCUUUGGAUGUCUUCUAUUGCGUAUCUGCCCCAUAUUACUUCUCAUAGCUGUAAUUAGGUGUGACUAUUAGUGAGUACUAUAUGAACACAGCUGUCACUAAAUAAAAUCUACACCUAUUA